GAGAAAGAAAAUAUCUUGUCCUGUUCAUCUUCCCUCCCAGAAAGCUUCGACGAUCCUGGUUCGAUGCCCAUUUGAGUUUCUGUUUUCUCAAAUCGAAGUACCGCCUCCUCGCAGUGUCAUAGUUCUUACCAGUACCUUUGGUUCGUCAUGUCAGUCGACAAAGUUGCGAACCCACCAUAUGAGAGCUUUCUGUUCACGGACGAAGGUACAGCACGUACAUAUUAAUGGAAGCGCCGGGCGAAUCUUCUUCAGAGUGUAGCGCUGCUCCGAACGUGAACAUAGUCGGUGGACCAAGAAAUGGUACAGAUGGAGCAAUUCAUCCCCCACCAUCUAUGGAAGGUUCUUACGAAGAGUGGAGCGAGAUUGGGGCAUCAGUUGAUGACAGUGGGGUUUCUGCAUGUUCACGCAGGAAAAAGUUUGAAAUUGGCCCUUUGGCACGUCCUACGGUACCUGGCAGAGCUAGCGCUCUUGAAAAUUCACUUAGAGGUUUCGCGCACAGGACGACUGAUAAUAUUUUAUGUCCAGAUAUUGGUCUAUGCUUUGACUCUUUGCCUGAGGCUUACGAGUACUUCAAUUUGUAUUCUUGGAAAAUUGGUUUUGGCAUUCGUUACGGAAGGAGCCACAACUACAAAUGUAAAUAUGGGCCAAAGAAGGACGUCAUAUACAAAACAAUGCAGAACAUUGUCUGUGGUUGUGAGGGAUUUCCAACGAAGAAAAACACAUCCUCUGUUAGAUGUGGCUGCGGAACAUUCAUAAGACUCCUGAGGAGUGAUGACCAUGGUUGGUACAUUAAGGAUUGCAAGCUUGAACAUAAUCAUCCGUUAUCUUGAAACAUUGGGGAGAAGUUGUGUUGGCCAUCUCACAAGCAUAUAGAUCGUUACACAAGAGAGUUAGUUCAAAACCUUAGACAGAACAAUGUACCGCUCACAAAGGUUUACAACAUACUUGGCACAUACUUCGGUUCAACUGAUGAUGUACCAUUCAACAAGCGAUCCCUGGAGAACCUUUGUAAGCAGUUGUCAAAAGAAGAAGCUAACGAUGAUGUAUGGAAGACAAUGGAAUUAUUUACAAAAAUGAGAGAUGAUGAUCCUUCGUUUGUGUACACAGCUGAUCUCGAUUCGGAUG